AGUUGCUGAAUCUCGAUCCCUCUCUCUCGUGCUUGUGGAAAAGUUCUGCUUUCGUUGUGCGUGGUCUUCCUUUUAUACGAAAAUUGUGUUGGCUGGAGCGAAUUUCGUUCGGAGGUAAUUGGAAAUAUUGUCUGGUGUUUUGGAAACGGACGAUACAUCUUUUGCACUGCCAUGCGUGUGCAAAUUUGAGGAAAAUAUUUCAGCCGCUUUUGGAAAAAUUCGUCCUACCCAGCAGGACUUGUAUUUGAACAAGUUGACGUUUUGCUGCGGGUCUGGCGUAGUCUAUGGAGGUGGCUCCGCCCUCCAAGUCCCGGCCCCGCCCAUCGUCUCGAGCGCGAUCCUGCAAGAGUGGCGGCGCUGGCCGGCGCCCCCCAAGCCCGGACAGUGCCUGCGAGCAUGACGCCAAUGGCGCGGAAGACGACAUGUCGGAAGAGGGUGGAAAGCCCCGUAAGGCCGGAUCCGGCCUGCUAAGACGGAAAUACGGAGAUGUACUCAAAGGUGCUGCCGCCCAAGACAGCGAUGUGGAUUCUGGCAUCGUGGCGUGCAGGAAACCUGGUGAAAGAAUAAGUUCCACUUCCUCAGCUGACACGGACAGCAGCCAAGAGUCUAGACGAAGAAUCGAGUACUCUCCUCCUGUACAGAAGAACGACAUUGUCAAGUCUCGAAGCUGCAAUGGAUCUCUCAGAGCUCCGAAGAGAUCCAGUUGUCAGCUGCCACAGACGAACACUCCACUGAAGGCAGAUCACUCGGCCCUCAAGGAGUGCAACAGGCGCCCGCCGACCCCUUUGACAGUGUUCCCGGAUUCCCAUCACUGCGUCCGGUUUGACGAGCAACUCCAGCUGUCCGAACAGAAUAUCCGUCGUUCCUGCCGAAAGCUGUUCGCAACCCUCUACGCCCAGCGAUUUUCCUGUCCGGAUGGAACAACUCUUCCACUCAGGUCGGCCGGAUCGACCCGGAUCCGGAGUAGGACGGCUCCUGAGCUGGACCUGCGACGAGCUUACAGUCCUGCCUCAUCCGUCAGAGAAUCACACAGGUACGACCGGAGUCAUAAGGAGAGUCCGGUUGCAGUGGAAGGGCGGAGAGUAGGCAACAACUUGGUGUGGAAUAACAGAUCCAUGCCCGAAGUCAACAGAAGGGUUUUACCAUCGCCUCAAGUUCCACGGCAUAUUCUCAAAAUACAGUCAAAACUAUCUAUGGAAUAUCCAGAUAUAAGAACUACUCAAAAUAUUUCUGCCGACAGUGGUUUUUCUAGUUACGGCGGCAGCAGCACUCACUGCACUUGCAACAGUCGCCAAAGCAAUAUGUGCCUGUGUUCUAGUCAACUCGCUUCAACAUCAUACCAUUGUACUUGUCACCGCUGUUGUUGCUCAGAGCAGCAACAGCAGCAGCAACCUGCCGCACGAACUUUAGAACAGACUGCUGGACUUUUCAAAAGCAACAGCUGUUCUACUCUGCCUAAUGUUCUGUCCCAUCAAAGCCGUCCGCAGCUCACACAAUUUCCACCAAGGACUAGUUCAAGAAGGCCUUCUUCGCAAAGUGAAAUGGAUAUCAAGCUAUCCCCUCUUCAGAAAACAUCAAGUUAUUCGAACCUCUUGGAAAGAACUUCGUUCGCCAUGUCCAAUGUUCCUGUGUACAGUGAUAAUAUGGUUCAGGUAUAUGCCAAGCUAGUGCCUGUGGUUCCAGAUGAGGGGAAAACUCAUUCCGCCUCUCAAGGUGGUCGCAGGGCAAGGACAAUAUCUAGAAUAAGAUGUGGUCCUGAAAAUAUUUACGAUUCCAUUCGUCCAUCAAGUGCAAAUACAUUGCGUUCUUCGAAAUCGGAACCCGUUUCUAGAAGGACAGAAAACGAAAGCACUCUAACUGCUGAGCUAUCCAAAGAUCUUGAAAGUCUGAGAGCAAGUCGCGAAUCUGACUCUAAAAGCACACAUUCCGCUGAUAUCUACAGUGAACCAAACAAAAUAGCUUCGGGAAGGACUUCUUUACGAGAGAGUGCCCAAAACAGGACUUAUGGCGGUCAAAGACCAAAGAGUAUUGGGGUUGUGUCACCCAGUUGUGGUCCAAACCCCGUGUACCUCAAAUCAGCGCUGAAAAAAUCUACACAAGAGGCUAUGCAAAACAUGAGCACUUCAAAUUCGGCUUUGGAUGCAGGCUUAGUGGAAGUAGAAUACGCCGUCGUGGACAAAUCAAAGAAGAACAACUUUGCCAGCAUGCCAGCCCUUAACAAGGGCAGUUCUGGAGUGGCGGAAUCGGCAGACGAUGAAGAUAAAGAUCCUCCAGUACCCCCCAAAAAACUGCUACAGACUUCUGGUCCUGGACUCUGCAAAAGCGACUUCUCCGUGUACCGAAGCGGUUCCUCCAAGCGGGCUUCCCUGAUGGAGCGGAUGCAAACUCUGACCAGGAACGCCAAGAGCGCGCUCCAGAAGGCUUUCUCCACGGAGAGGAUCUACCGUCCGGAGAAGGAGGAGAGGCUAGAAGCCACGGGACACAAGCUCCAGCGGUCGAAGUCGUUUAUGAGGACCCUGGCAGGAAGUCUCAGAAGGAAGAAGAAACAAAAGAACAGCAGCAAGGGUCUCGUCGCCGAAAUGGUUCCUCAAGCUAGUUCAAACCCGGAAUGGGACGAACAGCCAACGGGCCCCAAUACGUGCAUCCACGUUCGGGGACAGCUCUUGCAACUAAACCUGGACGGAUCGCAAGUGGUUGAGCUCACCAAACCUCCCUCCAAACCCUACGGCUUCUUUGUCGCCAGGGGCCGAGUGCGGAACUCAAAGGGUGUGUUUGUGUCGAGGAUGAGAGACCAAGAGACGCAGAAGCAUCUAGCGGGCCUAUUGGACAUUGGCGAUGAAAUCUUGGAAAUCGAUGGGCACAACGUCAAAAAUGCUGACAUCAUGGAAGUGAACUCGCUUAUGUCCAAUAGGAACACACUGCUGCUCACAGUACUCCCCUACAUAUGCAGGAAGGACACUUGAUUGGCUGCUGUAAAUGAUUCUCUGGAGGUGCUGGAGUAAAAAUGAAAAAGAUAGCUUUUUAAGGAGAAAAUAUUUUUCAAUUCCUUUCAGUCAUGAGGAUCUGUGUAGUUCUGAGUUUCCUACCUGCUAAUGUUUUUACAAAAAUUGUCUUUUAAAUAACAAUUACUGAAAUGUGGAAACUACGAUCGUUUGCUAUAAAUAGAACUUCCAGCGAGGUGUUAAAUGUCAAAAAAUUUUUAAUUUUUACAUUCAUUUGAGGAAUUGUGAUUUUUAUCAACUCUUUGCAGCUUUUAUGAUUAGUUAUUGUGAGUGUUUUUAUUUUGUAGUUUUAACCCUUAAAAUAUCUUUUCAAACCAUGUAAUUAAUUUCAAAAAUUUCUUUUAAGUUUCGAAAGUUACUCGAUAAAUUCUCUCAACACUAUUUAUUAUUUUUCACUGCAAAUAAGAUAUGCAGAGUCUUUCAUAAAAUGAAUAUCACAUCUCAUUGAAUUAUUUGUAAUAAGUGAUUGAGAAUGAAAAAAAAAUGUUACUUAGAAAAUCUUAUAGCACAUUUCUUUUUUAUACCCGACUUUGAAAUCAUCCAUGAAAAGGAUGAAAGUUUUGAAUGGUUCAAAUAACUAAUCAUAGAACCCGUUUAAUUGGCAACUAAACUAGCUUAUGUCUGAUUUUUGGAAAGUAAAUCAUAUAGGUAUGUUCUUGUGAUUAAUAGCUGUGAAUAUUUAAAACGUUUUUAGCAAAAUCUGUCAAUUAGUCUUAUGAUGCUUGUGAUCCUCUAUUGUGAACAAUGUACUUCUGAUCAAUUUACAAAACAAAUACCAGAAUCAAUUUUUAUGAAAUGUUUUAUACAUUUAUUCAUUUAUAAGUACAUAAAAUAUUUCACAUUUGGAGGGAAAAAAAUCACUUUCCAAUUUACAUUAUGUGUAAAUCCGACAUAAAAUAACGUUCUUUAUCAGUUAAUAAGAAAGUCGGAACAUUCCUUUUUGUUUUUAAUAAUUCAUUAAGUUAUAAUAUACACUUGCAGUAAUAAAGCAAAAAAAAAAAAAAAAAAUUACGGUUAAAAUAUCAAUCGUUGGUAACCUUUUUGUUUUGAACUUGGAGCUUUAGCUCAAACAUAUUGAAUAUGAUUCUAAAACAUGCUCGAUAAAACGAUAUCUGAACGAGUUAAAACAUAAUCAUUAAAUUAUAUUUCAGCCUUCAUAUUUUAAAUUGAUUUUGACUCUAAAAUAUAUCCAGUAACUUUCCAUUAUUUUUGUUUAAAAAUGCAAAAGUGGUUAAGAUAUUUUAAACUGUGUUGUAUUAAAAUGUAUUAUAUAUAUAGUGUGUUUUAUAUUUUCGUGUCAGAAGUGUUUUUUCGCCUGUGUGCAUUUCAAAAGUGCAUUUCUUUAUCGUUUGUUUCUUGGUUUUAAGCAUUUUUUAAUAAAUGACAAAUCAAUGUUUUUAUAAUAAAGCAUUUGUAAUUGGUAUCUUGAGUACGAUAUGAGUCUUAAUACAUAUCGCAUUGAACGUGUCAAUGAAUUUGAAAUAAAUUCUUUUAUUUUAUUAAUAAAGCAAUGGUGAUGUA